GGGGCCCGCGGGGCGGCCGCGCCAGUGGGGGGCUUCGCCGUCAGCGCCGCUUCGUCCUGGCCUGCGGCGAUCGGGACGCGGGGACUCGGGCGGCUGCCGCCCGGCGGAGGAACACUCGGGCUUCGGCCGCCGUCCGUGCGUCCGGCCGGCCGGGGCCGGGCCCGGGCCGCUCCCGCCUCGCGCUCUUCCAGGUGGCGGGCGAGGCCCGCGGCGCCGAGGGCAGCGGGCCUGGCCCAGCAGAGGGUCCCUAGCCGGGCGCCGCGCCCUCUCCCGCCGCCCGCGUCCCUCCGGAGCCGCUCGGACCGCUUCUCGUUCCCGAUCCUCCCUCCCUACUCAUGCCCGCUGCCCCUCCAGCCACCGAGAUCCGUGCACAGGGCGGGGAUCGGCCCUGUUGUACAGGAGCUCCAGGCCCGCGCCCACCCAGCCUUGGUUCCUGGGGUGGCCGAGCCCCGGCUUUCCCCAGGGAGCUGGGCUCGCGGUCAGGCCUUGGCAGCCCCCAAACCCCUUGGGGACUUGUGAGGCGGGCAUAAGCCAGGACCACCCUGGGAGCCCCUGGUCUGCACCUGGCCAGGCUGGAAGACGGGUGCAGGGCUCCCGGUUGGGACUAGGGGUGGCUUGGCAGCAGCACCAGCACCUGGCAAGUCCUGGUGGCCCUGGGCCUGCUUCACCACAGAGCCAGCACCCACAGUUCCCAGUGUUUGUUGGUGUGGUGUUUGGGUGGACACUCUGGGACCCAGGAAGUGAGUACAGGAAGUCUCUACUCACUGCCAGGACCCUGCCCCUCUAUGUGCAGCCUCCUGGAGGAAGCCCUCCUAGAUGGGCCCUUCCCACCCAUCUGUGCUCAGGUUGCUUGGCAGAUAUGAGGGGGGUCCCUGAGCCCAAGAGCCUCAGAGCUUCCUGCCACUUCAUUGGCCUCCUCUUCCUAGCAACUUGGAAAAGAAAGGAAGGGCUCUAUCCGUGCCCUGGGCCUGUGGUGGGGGUCAAGACUAGGGGUGAAGCUUGACCCCCAAAGCCAGUGGAGUGUUCUGGAGCUCGGAGGGCUCUCCGUGCCUGUCCUGGGGAGCCCCUGUCAUGUCUAACUGCAGCCCCUGUGUGCCACACACACACCCGGGCCGGGGCCCGUGGAGAUGGGAGAGCACGGGCCCCAGGGGUGGGAGCUCUCAGCCUGACCCCGUUCGGGAUGUUCCCCGGGCACAGAGGGGAGAGUCUGAGAGCUGGACAGCUGCCGGGGGUGUGUGUGUGGGGGAGGCGUUCUUCUGCUCUGAGGUGAGGGUCCUGGGAGGGUAGGGUCAGCAUCGGCCUGGCUGAGCCUGUUGGGUGUUUUUUUAUGGCGUGUCAGCUUUUAGGAAUCCCCAGAGAAGACUGAGGAAGAGCAGGUGGUCUCGGCAGAUCUGGGCCUGUCACCUUUUCCCCCCCGUACCUAUAGGGGGCCCACCUCCGUCUGCCGGGUAGGGGGAGGCUUGAGGUCUGGCCAGGGGCUCCUUGCCCCAGGAGGGGAGGGAAGUUACAGAGAAAAACAAGGGUUUGGAAUGCAAGUCCCCCCUCCCCCGCCGGCCGCCUGCCAAGAAGGAAUUAUUUUGGAUUAUCCAGCCGUGUCCAGUCACCCAAGGGGGGCGGGGAGGCUAGAGCUGGGGGAGGCUACAGCCGUGGGAGAGAGAUCCACUUCCGGGGCCGUGGGUUGAGAGCCCCAGAAGGGAGGGACGGGCAAGUCUGGGCAGCUCCGCCACCUCCCAUGGCUGCUCAGACCGGUCAGGGGUGGGGUGGGAGGGGAUGCGUCACCCUUGAGAUGGAGAACGCCCAAGGUCGGCCCUAGCAGGCCCCGCCCAGUGAGCCUGGCGUGGGCCCAGGCCCCCUGGGGGAGGCCGUGGGGCCGGAGGAGUCCUAGACUCCUUUCUCGGCACCCAGGGUGUCCUGUGUGGCUGCCCUCCGGCCCUGGGUUCAGGGACACACCUUGGGCUGGUUACUGACACCUGUGUGGCGCUUCCCUGGGGUGGCGGGUCAGGUAGGGCCGUGACUUAGGCUGCUUAGCGUGGUGGGGCACUGGGGUCUCCCUUGGGCCGAAUCUCUGGCCGUUCUCCUGCCUCUUGACUGACUCACUAACCAGCAGCUGACGGAUGCACCACUUCCCUCCAAGCCCCUCGGACAGCCCAGCUCCCACCCCCACGUCCCCACCCCACAGGUGAAGGAUCCCAUAGGGGAGGGGUCCCACAGGUGAGGAGCCCAAGGCCAGACAUGCAAGGAGCCGACUGGGAUGCUGCCUCUGCCGCUUGGGCUCCCAAGGUCCGUGUAGGCGUGUGUGCAGCCACCCACCCAGUGGCCCCUGUAGGGACCACGCUGUGAGGCAGAGCUGGCAGCUGGGGCAGCGUGCAGUAAACCCAGGGGCCUGGCCUCAGCCCAGGUGAGUGGAGCAGAAGAGAUUGGACUGGAAGGCACUGGGGUGGGCCGGCAGCCUAGGGAGGGGUCCAUAUGGCAUGUGCCUGUCUCCCCCAGGACAGCUUGGUUGCGGGCACUUGAGCCGUCUCAGGACCUGGGCCAUUCUGGGAACCUCCUGUUCCCUGCCUUGAACCCGCAUCCUGGGGGCCGGAGCUGGUGAAGCCCUGGGACCAGGGGAGUGAACUGGUGGGGACAGGCUGUGGCUUCAGUGCUCUCCCACACGGCCCCUCCUCCGGUCUGGGCAGGUCCGCGCUGAGGCGCCAGGUCCUCUGGUCCUCCUUCUGUGUCCUUCUUACUCCCGUCAGGCCUCAGUCCUUUCUGCUGCAGCAACAGACACCAGCCUCCUGCCUUGGCUUCCUGGGUGGGGGGAAUAAGCUUUUCUUCCCUGCUGAAGAGCCUCUUGGGCCCAGAGCCUGCCCUGGACCAGGGUGUCGGGAAAGCAGUCAGGGGAGGAGGCCACAUGUGGUCCCUUCAUGGUUUUCCCUUCUGUGAUUUCACAUCCUCUGAUGGGCUCCUGCUUCCCUCUGCCCCUGGGGCUUUGAGGACCUCGUUCCCUCUGCUGACCAGGCAAGAACCCUGCCCUUUCCUGGGCCCCCCGAGCCAGACCGGGGCACAGCUGCUCCCAGCCCUUCCCUCCCAUCCGUCGGGGCUUCUGAAGGGCGGGGCAGGGCCUCUGCUGUCCUGCCCCCAGUGCCUACCCCUGAGCCUGUGACAGUGACUGGACCCAGAAGCCCAGACGGAGCCCGGGGUGGCCAGGGGCACACCUGUCGGUCUGCCCCUCCAGUCACAGGGAGGAGCCCAGGGCUGGCCCCCCCACCUGGAGCUGGGGUCCUGUUUCCCACCCUUUGUCACCCUUUGGUCCCCCAUCUGCAGCUCAGCGCCCCCUUCACAUGGAGAGUGUCUCCCCCAGCACUGCUCCCACCGUGGCUGGCAGCUUUCCACCCUGUGGGCUGGCCACUGGCCCACCCGAGUGCCUGGUUCCCCUGUGCGCUAGGCAGAGGAGGUGCUCUCCUGGGCUGGGGAUGGGGCAUCUGGGAAGAGGGCUCAACUUGGUGCCUCCGUCCUCAGCCCUGUCCUCAGCCCCUAAGAUCACGUGAUUUCUGAAACCUGGCAGUUCUCCAUCCUGGUGCCAGAUGAGUCCUGGCCUGGGGACCGUGGGAGCAAAAGUGCAGCCUUUGGGUGCAGCCUGGAUUCUGACCCCAGUGCUGGCGUCAGCCCUGCCCUGCACUCGGCCCUUCCGGAUGUGGAGACCAGAGCCCUCGGUGCAGUUGGCCGGCAGUUCCCAUGGGGGGUUCUGGGAGGAGGGGCACCGUGUCGAGCUCAGAUCUCCAGCUCAGAUCUCUGUGACACAGCCCCCGCUGGACCCCCUCCUCAGGAAGAGCAAGAAAGGAAAAAGAGGAUCUCCAUGCUGGCCUGGAGCAGAGACUGAGCUGGACUACGGGAGCCUGGACGGCCUCAGUUGCCCGCGGAGCCGAGCGGAGUCUGCGGUGGCAGAGGCCCGCCUCCGCUCAGGAUCUGCACAGUCUGCGCGCGGUCCUGUGAACUCUUCCUGUCUUUGACCAAAGGCGCCAUCUCCUCCCCGACCUGAUCACCUCGUCUUGGGUGCCGGGGGCAAUGGCGCUGCAGCUCUGGACCCUGACCAUCCUGGGCCUGGCGGGCACAAGUGCAAGCCUGCGGUCCCGCAAGCUGGACUUCUUCCGCAGCGAAACAGAGCUGAACCACCUGGUGGUGGACGAGGUGUCGGGCGUGGUGUACGUGGGGGCGGUGAACGCGCUCUACCAGCUGAGUGCCGACCUGCAGCUGGAGCAGCGGGCGGCCACGGGCCCGGCCCUGGACAACAAGAAGUGCACGCCGCCCAUCGAGGCGAGCCAGUGCCACGAGGCCGUGCAGACUGACAACGUCAACCAGCUCCUGCUGCUCGACCCCCCCCGGAACCGCCUCAUCGAGUGCGGCAGCCUCUUCAAGGGCAUUUGCGCCCUGCGUUCCCUGAGCAACAUCUCCUCGCUCCUCUUCUACGAGGACGGCAGUGGCGAGAAGUCCUUCGUGGCCAGCAACGACGAGAGCGUGGCCACCGUGGGGCUGGUGAGCACGACGGGCCCAAGCGGCGAGCACGUGCUCUUUGUGGGCAAGGGCAACGGGCCCCACGACAACGGCAUCAUCGUGAGCACGCGCCUGCUGGACCGGACGGAGGGCAGGGAGGCCUUUGAGGCCUACACGGACCACGCCACCUAUAAGGCUGGCUACCUGUCCACAAACACACAGCAGUUCGUGGCUGCCUUCGAGGACGGCCACUACGUCUUCUUCGUCUUCAACCAGCAGGACAAGCACCCGGCCCGGAACCGCACGCUGCUGGCGCGUAUGUGCAAGUACGACCCGUUCUACUACUCCUACCUGGAGGUGGACCUGCGCUGCCUGGGCCCCGACGACACCCGGGUCCCUGCCUUCGGCACCUGCCUGGCAGCCUCCGUGGCCCGGCCAGGCGCCACUGGGGUGCUCUACACUGUCUUCAGCACAGAUGGCCGGGGUGGCGGGGGGCCACGGGCGGGCCUCUGCCUGUUCCCACUGGACGAGGUCCACAGCAAGAUGGAGACCAGCCGCGAUGCCUGCUACACGGGCACCCGGGAGGCAGGCCGGGACACCUUCUACAAGCCCUUCCACGGCGAGAUCCAGUGUGGUGGCCACGGGUCGGGUGCCAGCGAGAGUUUCCCGUGUGGCUCAGAGCACCUGCCCUACCCGCUGGGCAGCCGAGACGGACUCUCAGCUGUAGCCGUGCUGCACCGUGGAGGCCUGAACCUGACAGCUGUGACAGUGACGACCGAGAAUGGCCACACCAUCGCCUUCCUGGGCACCUCGGACGGCCGGGUCCUCAAGGUGUACCUCGCUCCAGAUGGCAGCUCCGCGGAGUAUGGCUCUGUCCUUGUGGAGAUCAACAAGAGAAUCAAGAGGGACCUGGUGCUGGCCGCAGACCUGGCCAGUCUGUACGCCAUGACCCAGGACAAGGUGUUCCGGCUCCCCGUGCAGGAGUGUGAGAGCUUUUCCACCUGCGCCCAGUGCCGCAGCUCACAGGACCCCUACUGCGGCUGGUGUGUCGUCGAGGGACGAUGCACCAGGAGGGCCGAGUGCCCGCGGGCCGAAGAGAGUGGCCACUGGCUGUGGAGCCGCAGUGAGGCCUGCGUGGCCGUCACCGAGACCCAGCCGCAGAACAUGAGCCGCCGGGCGCAGGGAGAGGUGCAUCUGACCGUCAGUCCCCUCCCGGCCCUGAGCGAGGAGGACAAGCUGCUGUGCCUCUUUGGUGAAUCACCGCCACACGUGGCGAGCAUGCAAGGGGGCGCCGUGGUCUGCAACUCCCCAAGCAGCAUCCCCAGCACGCCGCCUGGCCAGGAUCACGUGGCUGUGACCAUCCAGCUUCUCUUCAAACGCGGCAACGUCUUCCUGACCUCCCACCUGUACCCCUUCUACGACUGCCGAGUGGCCAUGAGCCUGGAGGAGAACCUGCCGUGCAUCUCCUGUGCCAGCAACCGCUGGACCUGCCAGUGGGACCUGCGCUACCAUGAGUGUCGGGAGGCCUCGCCCAACCCUGAGGACGGCAUCGUCCGUGCCCACAUGGAGGACGACUGCCCCCAGUUCUUGAACCCCAGCCCGCUGGUCAUUCCCAUGAACCACGAGACGGCUGUGACCUUCCAGGGCAAGAACCUGGACACGGUGAAGGGCUCCUCCCUGCGUGUGGGCAGUGACCUGCUCAAGUUUGAGGAGCCAGUCAGCACACAGGAGCAAGGAACCUUCUCCUUUCGGACCCCAAAGCUCUCCCACGAUGCCAACGAGACGCUGCCCCUGCAUCUGUACGUCAAGUCCUACGGCAAGAAUAUCGACAGCCGGCUCCAAGUGACCCUCUACAACUGCUCCUUCGGCCGCAGCGACUGCAGCCUGUGCCUGGCUGCUGACCCCGUCUACAGGUGUGUGUGGUGCAGCGGGCAGAGCAGGUGUGUGUACGCGGCCCUGUGUGGCAACGCCACCUCCGAGUGCCCACCGCCCGUCAUCACCAGGAUCCAGCCUGAGACUGGUCCACUCGGCGGAGGCAUUCGCGUCACCAUCCUCGGGUCAAAUCUGGGGGUCAGAGCAGAUGACGUGAAGAGGGUCACCGUGGCUGGCAGGAGCUGUGCCUUUGAGCCAGAACGCUACUCCGUGUCCACGCGGAUCGUGUGCACCAUCGAGGCUGCAGAGGCGCCCUUCACGGGGGGCGUCGAGGUGGACAUCAGCGGGAAGCUCGGCCAUUCGCCUCCCCAUGUCCAAUUCACCUAUCAGCAGCCCCAGCCCCUCAGUGUGGAGCCAAAGCAGGGGCCACAGGCGGGUGGCACCAUGUUGACCAUCAAUGGCACCCACCUGGACACAGGCUCUGAGGAAGACAUGCGGGUGACCCUCAAUGACAUCCCUUGUAAAGUGACGCAGUUUGGGGCACAGCUUCAGUGUGUCACCGGCCCCCAGGCGGCUCCGGGAGAGCUGCCCCUGAAGAUUUACUAUGGGGGCUCCGCGGUGCCCAGCCCUGGCGUCACCUUCACCUACCGUGAGAACCCAGUCCUGCGGGCCUUUGAGCCGCUGCGGAGCUUUGUCAGUGGUGGCCGGAGCAUCAACGUCACAGGACAGGGCUUCAGCCUGAUCCAGAAAUUCGCCAUGGUGGUCAUAGCCGAGCCCCUGCAGUCCUGGAGGCGGCGGCGGGAGGCCGGACCCCUGCAGCCCGUGACGGUCGUGGGCAGGGAGUACGUGUUCUGCAGUGACUCCAAGGUCGUGUUCUUGUCCCCGGCCGUCCCCGAGGAACCCGAGGCCUACAACCUCACAGCGCUCAUUCAGAUGGAUGGGCACCAAGCCCUGCUCAGGACUGAGGCUGGUGCCUUUGAGUACGUCGCCGACCCCACCUUCGAGAACUUCACAGGGGGCGUCAAGAAGCAGGUCAACAAGCUCAUUCACGCGCGGGGCACCAAUCUGAACAAGGCGAUGACGAUUCACGAGGCCGAGGCCUUCGUGGGUGCCGAGCGGUGCAUCAUGAAGACACUGACGGAGACCGAUCUGUACUGUGAGCCCCCAGAGGUGCAGCCCCCUCCCAAGCGGCGGCAGAAGCGGGACACGACCCACAACCUGCCUGAGUUCAUUGUGAAGUUUGGCUCCCGGGAGUGGGUGCUGGGCCGCGUGGAGUAUGACACGCGUGUGAGUGACGUGCCGCUCAGUCUCAUCCUGCCGCUGGUCAUCGUGCCCAUGGUGGCCGUCAUCGCCGUGUCUGUCUACUGCUACUGGAGGAAGAGCCAACAGGCAGAGCGCGAGUACGAGAAGAUCAAGUCCCAGCUGGAGGGCUUGGAGGAGAGCGUGCGUGACCGCUGCAAGAAGGAGUUCACAGACCUGAUGAUUGAGAUGGAGGACCAGACCAACGACGUGCACGAGGCAGGCAUCCCCGUGCUGGACUACAAGACCUACACCGACCGCGUCUUCUUCCUGCCCUCCAAGGACGGCGACAAGGACGUGAUGAUCACGGGCAAGCUGGACAUCCCUGAGUCACGGCGGCCCUUGGUGGAGCAGGCGCUCUACCAGUUCUCCAACCUGCUCAACAGCAAGUGCUUCCUCAUCAACUUCAUCCACACCUUGGAGAACCAGCGGGAGUUCUCGGCGCGCGCCAAGGUCUACUUUGCGUCGCUGCUGACGGUGGCGCUGCACGGGAAGCUGGAGUACUACACGGACAUCAUGCGCACGCUCUUCCUGGAGCUCAUGGAGCAGUAUGUGGUGGCCAAGAACCCCAAGCUGAUGCUGCGCAGGUCUGAGACAGUGGUGGAGAGGAUGCUGUCUAAUUGGAUGUCCAUCUGCCUGUACCAGUAUCUGAAGGACAGUGCAGGAGAGCCGCUGUACAAGCUCUUCAAGGCCAUCAAGCAUCAGGUGGAGAAGGGGCCGGUGGAUGCUGUGCAGAAGAAAGCCAAAUACACCCUCAAUGACACAGGGCUGCUGGGGGACGACGUGGAGUAUGCACCCCUGAUGGUGAGCGUGAUCGUCCAGGACGAAGGGGUCGACGCCAUCCCUGUCAAGGUCCUCAACUGUGACACCAUCUCCCAGGUCAAGGAGAAGAUCAUUGACCAGGUGUACCGCACGCAGCCUUGCUCCCGCUGGCCCAAGGCUGACAGUGUGGUCCUCGAGUGGCGUCCUGGGUCCACAGCCCAGAUCCUGUCAGACCUGGACCUGACCUCUCAGCGGGAGGGCCGGUGGAAGCGCGUCAACACGCUGAUGCACUACAACGUCCGGGAUGGAGCCACUCUCAUCCUGUCGAAGGUGGGGGUCUCCCAGCAGCCUGAGGACAGCCAGCAGGACCUGCCUGGGGAGCGCCACGCCCUCCUGGAGGAGGAGAACCGGGUGUGGCACCUGGUGCGGCCAACGGACGAGGUGGACGAAGGCAAGUCCAAGCGUGGCAGCAUGAAGGAAAAGGAGCGCACCAAGGCCAUCACCGAGAUCUACCUGACCCGCCUGCUCUCGGUCAAGGGCACGCUGCAGCAGUUCGUGGACAACUUCUUCCAGAGCGUGCUGGCGCCUGGCCACGCGGUGCCGCCCGCAGUCAAGUACUUCUUCGACUUCCUGGACGAGCAGGCAGAAAAGCACGACAUCAAGGACGAGGACACCAUCCACAUCUGGAAGACCAACAGUUUACCUCUCCGGUUCUGGGUGAACAUCCUCAAGAACCCCCAUUUCAUCUUCGACGUGCACGUCCACGAGGUGGUGGACGCCUCCCUGUCGGUCAUCGCACAGACCUUCAUGGACGCCUGCACACGCACAGAGCACAAGCUGAGCCGCGACUCUCCCAGCAACAAGCUACUCUACGCCAAGGAGAUCUCCACCUAUAAGAAGAUGGUGGAGGACUACUACAAGGGGAUCAGACAGAUGGUGCAGGUCAGCGACCAGGACAUGAACACACACCUGGCAGAGAUUUCCCGGGCGCACACGGACUCCCUGAACAUCCUCGUGGCCCUGCACCAGCUCUACCAGUACACGCAGAAGUACUACGACGAGAUCAUCAACGCCCUGGAGGAGGAUCCCGCCGCCCAGAAGAUGCAGCUGGCCUUCCGCCUGCAGCAGAUCGCGGCUGCGCUUGAGAACAAGGUCACGGACCUCUGACUGCGACCUCCACCGUCAUGGUCUUGGGACACAGGUGUGUGACACCCACUGCCGGGCGCUGGGCGGCCCCGGGGGAGCACGGCCAAGCGGGCAGGACUCAGCCCUUCUCUCUCUGGCAGAGGAAGAGCCCCCGGGCUUCCGAGUGUGUGCGUGGCAGGGGGGCCCCCACCUCAGCAUUUGUAGCCUCAUAGCACCCUUCUCCUGAGCAAUAGUGCCGGGCGCCCACCAGCACCAGUUCCCUCCUGCAGAACCAGCAUCGGGGGUGUCUCCUUCAAGCCUCCUGAGUGAUUCGAAAACGUGCCUUAUGCCCCCGGCGCCACACUGGGUUGCUGGGGGCAGUCGGGCCUCAGCCCCCCUCCCCAGGCACCAGCAGCCGCCUCAGAUACCUGGGUUGGGCCUUUUGGGGUGAGGUCUGAGUGCCCUCGGCCCCCAGGACCUAGUGCCCAGACUCUGUCCGUCUGCCCUACCUGGACUGGGGCAGAAAAGUGGUACGAUGCCUUCCUGACCUCGGUGGCCUGCCCUGCGGGGCACUGGCACUCCCGGGGGACUCCGUGCUGCAGGCCCCACCUCAGAGGUCAAGCUGGACGUCAGACGUCGAGGCCCAGGCGGCCAGAAGGGACCCAGCGGACUGGGGGUCAGGGUCCCGGCCUGUCAGACAGGCUGACCUGGAGGCCCUGCCCAGGUCCGGGGGGCCGGGAGCAGCUCCGCCAGGACACCCUCAACCCUUUUUGUAAAUCUUGUUAAUUGUCAAUCAAAUACAGCUGUCUUUUUCACUCUG